AGCCGCGCGGACAGUCGAGGACGAACGCAGCGCGCCGCAGCCAUCUAGACACCAUGUGGCAAACUGGCGUCGCCCUGGCUGUAAUCUACGGCAUUUUCAUUAUUCUGGGACUAAUUGGUAACAUCACACUCAUCAGGACGUUUUGCUCCACCAAAUCCAUCCGGAACGUCCCGAACCUCUUCAUGUCCAGCCUCGCGCUCGGAGAUGUUUUGCUGCUCGUGACGUGCGCGCCGGUGGACGCGAGCCGUUAUAUAUCAGAGGAAUGGCUGUUCGGGAGAACCGGCUGUAAAGUCAUCCCGUUCAUCCAACUAACUUCGGUCGGGGUGUCCGUGUUCACGCUCACGGCUCUGUCUGCUGAUAGAUACCGAGCCAUCGUGAAGCCCCUGGACAUCCAGACUUCCAGGACCACCGGCAGCAUCGUCCUGCAGGCGGCUCUCAUCUGGCUCCUGGCUCUGGUCCUGGCCGUGCCAGAGGCCGUCUUUUCAGACCUGCAGACCUUCGACAUCACCAGCACCAACGAGACCUUUGUCACAUGCGCCCCCUAUCCGCACACCGGGGAGCUGCAUCCAAGGAUCCACUCCACGAUGUCCUUCCUCAUAUUCUACCUGAUCCCCCUGCUGGUCAUAUUGGUGUACUACACCUUCAUCGCUCAAAGCCUCUUCCGCAGUGCCUCCAAUUUACCGGUGGAAGGAACCGUCAACAGACGACAAGUUGAGUCGAGGAAGCGUCUGGCCAGAACCGUGCUGGUGUUUGUGGGCCUGUUCGCGGUGUGUUGGCUACCAAGCCACGUGGUCUACCUGUACCGCUCCUACCACUAUUCACAGCCGGACACCUCGAUGGUCCACUUCCUGUUCAGCGUUGCGGCCCGUCUGUUGGCCUUCACCAACUCCUGCCUGAACCCCUUGGCCCUCUACCUGCUGAGCAAGGGCUUCCAGCAGGACUUCAACCAGCAGCUCCGGGGCUUCUGCUGCCCCCCGGUGGCCCGGAGGGCCGCCGCACUCUCCCUGCAGAAGUCUGUUCACGUGACCUCGGUCCGCAGCACGCGACAGCAGUCCCUGGCCAGCCACCACGGACCCCCCGUUUACCAGGAAGGACACUUCUGAGGACCGUGGGGGGUUAUUAUAAUAAUUAUAACUAGAAUUUAUGUAGCGCCUUCGCUAGGUCGCUUAUGUUGAUGUGUGUGUGUGUUUGUUUUCUGGAAAAGUGUGUAUAGUGUAAUAGUGCGUAAAGUUUGUAUAGUUUGUGCCACCCGCCUGUGUGUGAUACAUUCGUAUAUAUGUGCUUGAUAUCUGUAAAUGUGAAGCCUCAACUACAGAAUAGGUAAUUUGUUAUAAUGACCCACAACGUCACCUUUAAACCCAGUAUCAACUGGUUAAAGAA